GGACUAGCGACGUCAGGUAAUCUUCUAAAGUUUUAUUUUAACUAUUUCGAUAUUACCUGUUAAUUAAAUUUCUAUUUAAGAUAAGGUUGCGAGGAGGGAGAAUGUUUUUAUCAGUAUUUUUUUAUAUAAGAUGAAGAGGAACAGCUGUUACUACUGUAAGCAAAGAUCUGGUGUGUCUAUACGUCAUUUCAAUCAAUAUUGAACCUUUUACUGUUUAUAUUAUUGAUUAUAUUUCUUUCUUAUUCUAGGCAUAAUAUUCUCUUCACUUCAUUCCAAAAUGACAGAUUAAGUUCACAAGUCACAAAAAUUGCAGGAUUUUAAUUCCUGCCAUGAGGAUUAUUAGCCGACGCCUUGUCCGAACGUCUGGACAUGGUGAGGAAAUGGAUCAUGGUAAGAAGGAUCAUGGACAUAGAGAUCAUGGUGAAGAGGAUCAUGGACAUAGAGAUAAUGGUGAAGAGGAUCGUGGACAUAGAGAUCGUGAUGAGACAAAUCAUGGACAUAGAAAUCAUCACGACAAGCAUCAUGAAGUUAGAGAUCAUGGAAAGAGAGGGGAUGAUAAUUCAGGAUAUAAAACAACAUAUGCUGCUCAAGAGAUAAAUGCUGAAGAAGGAGUUUCUAAUCCUAGCGCUAAACAUAAUGAUUAUAUUUUUGGAAAUAUUACAGUCACUUCAUUGGGUAUUAUUGUUGGUUGUUCAGCGGCAGUUUUACUUAUCAUCAUACUUGCUAUUGUCAUAUUUAAAAUCAGAAGAAAACGGCGGAAGUUUGAUUUACAAUUUGAAGAUUUGAACGAAGACACGCUAUUUUCACGUUCAUGCCCAUCAUCGAGGUCUUCAUCCCCAAAAUUAGCUAAAAGAAGAUCAUGUCCGGAUGCGUAUGCUAGUUUUAAACCUAGAGAUUCUGUAUUGAUACGAUCAAUGACGAUUGAACGUAUACCGGAUUUUGAAUUGCCACCAGAAAGAGUUCAACCUAAAGUUAGUUACGAUAGAUCUUUAUCUAUUGGACCUACUACUUAUCAACAAUGUAUUGGCUCAAUUCAACCAGAAUUAUACAGACAUCCAACUGUACCCGAGGAAGAUGAAGAUGAUUUACCACCAACGGAACACGGUCGACUUUGGUUCUCAAUUAUUUAUGAUGUGGCAGUAGAACAACUGUGUGUAAAUCUAAUAAAGGUUAAGAAUAUACCAGGUAGAGGCGUUAAUCAUGCACCACGUGAUCCGUUUGUAAAGAUAUAUUUACUGCCAGAUGAACGCACCUGUCGUACAUCAAAAACUCGUAAAAAAUCUCUUUCACCAGUAUAUAACGAGUCAUUUACAUUUCAGGUUUCUCCUGACGAGAUAUUAACAAGAACCCUUAGAUUUUCUGUUUACGAUGUUGAUAAGCGACAAAUACGCCACUCUCUUGGUCAUGUUAUGGUAGCCAUGAAAGAUGUCGACCUUACUAGAGGAGAAGUCAUCUGGAGUGACCUUGAACCCAUGGCUCAGGCGGCUUCAUCACUUGGUGAUAUUCAAGUUAGUUUAACCUACAUCCCACAACAAGAAAAAAUCAAGAUAGUUGUAAUGAGAGCCAGAAAUCUACGACCAUCAGAUUAUACCAGUGAAUCAGGAUUGUACGCCCGAGUUCAGUUUUACUACGGAAGACGUGCACAUAAAACAAAGAAGACAACAAUGCAAAGGAUUCAUUCUGAUCCCGAAAUUCACGAAUCUUUCACCUUCUCUAUCGCUGGUAAACAACUGGAUACCUGUAACGUCGUUUUAUCAAUAAUCACGUCACAAACAAGAGGACCAUUUAGUCGAGAGGAAGAAUAUGGUCGUGUAACUGUCGGGCCUUUCAUGUUCGCCAGAGGUGAAGAGCUGAUUCAUUGGCAGGAGAUGGUAGCACAGUCUAAGACACCAAUAACACGAUGGCAUACUUUAACUCCCUACGUAGCACCGGAUUUACAUUAAGUGAAAUGAUAAGAGCUAUAUCUGAUAGUCUGAAAAACAAACAUAAAGGUUUCAAAUUGGUGCUGUAGAAACGUUGUUGUAUUUGUUGAUUUGAAAUGUUUGAUUUUAACUUUUAGAGUUUAUUUUACUAUAAAAUGUGUAUAUAAGAAAUACAACACAGAAUUUAUGAAAAUCAAAAUAUUGUAAAUAGUGCUUGAUAUUUGAAAGCUUUAUGAAAUGAUUAUGAAUAACCAACGUAAAAUUCUGAUAUUCCAAACCUUGUUCCUUCAUUAUUUGUAUCUUGAGUCUAAAAAUGCUUUCUUUUUAAUUAUCCUAAUAGCUAAAUAAUGCUUCAUUA